AUGGCUGAUUUUCAGGAACUGGUGACAUUCAGGGAUGUGGCUAUAGAAUUCUCUCCAGAAGAGUGGGCAUGCCUUGACAAUGCUCAGCGAAAUUUGUAUAGGGAUGUGAUGUUAGAGAACUAUGGAAACCUGGUGUCCCUUGGUCUUGCUGUCUCAAAGCCAGAGCUGAUCACAUGUCUGGAACAAAGGAUAGAGCCCUGGAUUACGAAGAAAGAGGAAACAACAGCUAAAUAUCCAGAACUGUCUUCCCAUUGCACCCAAGACCUAUUGCCAGAGCAGGGCAUAAAAGAUUCAUUCCAGAAAUCAAUAAUGAGACUAUAUGGAAGCUGUGGCCUUGAAAAUGUACACUUAAGAGGAGACUGGGAGUGUGUGAAUGAGUGUAAGAGGCAGAAAGUAUAUUAUGAUGAUCUUACUCAAUGUUUGUCAACUACACAUACGAAAAUCUUCAAAUGUAAUAAAUGUAUAAAAGUCUUUACCAAAUCUUCAAACCUAAAUACACAUAAGAAAAGACAUACAGGAGAGGGAAAAAAAACCCACAAGUGUAAAGAAUGUGGAAAAGCCUUUAACUGGCACUCAAAACUUACUACACAUAAGAGAAUACAUAGUGGAGAGAAACCCUACAAAUGUGAAGAAUGUGGCAAAGCCUUUACCCAGUCCUCAAUACUUACUUUACAUCAAAGAAUUCAUAGUGGAGAGAAACCAUACAAAUGUGAAGAAUGUGGCAAAGCCUUUACCAGAUGCUCAUAUCUUACUGAACAUAAAAGAAUUCAUACAGGAGAGAAAGCGUACAAGUGUGAAGAAUGUGGCAAAGCCUUUACCCAGUCCUCAAUCCUUACUGAACAUCAAUCACUUCAUACAGGAGAGACACCAUACAAAUGUGAAGAAUGUGGCAAAGCCUUUGACCGGUGCUCAAACCUUAAGGUACAUAAAAAAAUUCAUACCGGAGAGAAAUCGUACAAGUGUGAAGAAUGUGGCAAGGCCUUUACCCGGUGCUCACAUCUUACUGAACAUAAAAGAAUUCAUACAGGAGAGAAACCCUACAAAUGUGAAGAAUGUAGCAGAGCCUUUAGCUGGUGCACAGACCUCACUAAACAUAAAAGAAUUCAUACAGGAGAGAAACCGUACAAGUGUGAAGAAUGUGGCAAAGCCUUUGGCCAGUGCUCAAACCUUAAGGUACAUAAAAAAAUUCAUACCGGAGAGAAAUCGUACAAGUGUGAAGAAUGUGGCAAGGCCUUUACCCGGUGCUCACAUGUUACUGAACAUAAAAGAAUUCAUACAGGAGAGAAACCCUACAAAUGUGAAGAAUGUGGCAGAGCCUUUAGCCGGUGCACAGACCUCACUCAACAUAAAAGAAUUCAUACAGGAGAGAAACCGUACAAGUGUGAAGAAUGUGGCAAAGCCUUUGGCCAGUGCUCAAACCUUAAUCUACAUAAAAAAAUUCAUACCAGAGAGAAAUCGUACAAGUGUGAAGAAUGUGGCAAGGCCUUUACCCGGUGCUCACAUCUUACUGAACAUAAAAGAAUUCAUACAGGAGAGAAACCAUACAAAUGUGAAGAAUGUAGCAGAGCCUUUAGCUGGUGCACAGACCUCACUAAACAUAAAAGAAUUCAUACAGGAGAGAAACCGUACAAGUGUGAAGAAUGUGGCAAAGCCUUUGGCCAGUGCUCAAACCUUAAGGUACAUAAAAAAAUUCAUACCGGAGAGAAACCCUACAAAUGUGAAGAAUGUGGCAAAGCCUUUAGCCGAUGCACAUACCUCACUCAACAUAAAAGAAUUCAUGGAGGAGAGAAUCCCUACAAACAUGAAGAAUGUGGCAAAACCUUUACCCAGUGCUCACACCUUAAUCUACAUAAAGGAAGUCAUACUAGAGAAAAAUUCUACAAAUAUGAAAAAUGUGGCAGUCUUCAAUAA